UUGUGCGUCUGCGUCAUCGCUGUCGGUGUUGCAGUCUUGUAAUUAGUGGCCGUUCAACAUCUACAGUCUUUUUUAGUGUUAACAGCUUAAACUUUCAUGCGAAUGACACAUUGUCUUUAUUUGAGACUGCGUGAGACUUUGGUCUUCAAAGUCUUCUAGUGUAUGGAAGGCGUUACGUGGCGACUGAAGCCUAUUUGUAUGUGUGCCGAGUUGACGAUUAGCCGAUACCUAGCAUAGCCAUUGGAGCAAUGGCGUUGAAAAGAAUUCAGAAGGAGCUUUCAGACCUUGAGAGGGAUCCACCUGCUCAGUGCUCAGCAGGGCCCGUCGGAGAUGAUUUAUUUCAUUGGCAGGCAACUAUAAUGGGUCCUAGCGACAGUCCAUAUCAGAAUGGAGUGUUUUUUCUCACUAUCCACUUCCCUACAGACUACCCCUUCAAACCUCCAAAAGUUGCGUUUACAACAAAAAUAUACCACCCAAAUAUCAACAGCAACGGAAGUAUUUGCCUGGAUAUCCUGAGAUCGCAAUGGUCUCCUGCACUCACAGUCUCCAAAGUAUUGUUGUCUAUCUGCUCCCUUCUUUGUGAUCCUAACCCUGACGACCCUCUGGUACCGGAGAUUGCUCAUACGUACAAGGCGGACAGGGAAAGAUACAACAAACAAGCAAGAGAAUGGACACAAAAGUAUGCCAUGUGAGAGUUCCAGGGGAACAAAACUAAACUAGAAAAUAAAAGACCAUGGUUUGGAACUUGGAGCAAAUCUUCAUCUGAGGGGAAGUUUUCGGAGCUCAUCUUCCGGGAUGGAAUCGUUUUACAGAGGUACAGUGCCACCUGGCUUUCCAUGUGCUGAGCUGCAACCAUGCGCUGUCCUUCAUGACUUGUAUGGACCUCUUGAGCAUGACCUGGCGAGCUCUUGGAAGCACUCUUUCAUGGAAUACUGGAAAUGUCUGUCAAUAAACCACACUCAAGACUGUAAACUGUUAUUCCUGCUUUCACGAAAAUCAUCGUGGCUCUUCUCACAUAUAGUUUUCACCGCCAGUGUGUCAUUGUUUUUUUGAAAACAGAAAUGUUUCGAUCGGAGAAGUCCAUUUUGGGGGCUACUUUAUGUGUCCCACUGGAUGUGUUGUAUUACUGUAUUUCUACGUAUUGGGUGGCCUUUGUGUUAUUACUUUUAACGGCCUACGUGCAAUUGCAACGGAAUGUUCUCUGUUUAACACGGAAACCAUUACCAGCGGUUGAUUGGUUGGCACGUUCUGUCUGUCUCUCAAAAUGAUUUUAAGAGGUGAAAGGGUCAAUUCCCCCUUGUUUGCAAUUGGAAAUGCGACAUAAUUUUAGUAAGUCAUUUGUUAGCUGACCUUCGACCCGCUCAAGUCCUCUUCAUUUAUUUACACGCUUCCCUUUUCUCCUGCAUCCUACCACACGACUAGUGUCAUGACAAACAUCGACAUGCUGUUGUAUGACUUGAACCUUGCUGUCGACACUCUCAUUUUGCACGUGGUUACUCUGUGUGCUACCUCCUCAGUGCAGUUUCUCAGGUAUCAAGCCAAAUCAUCAGCCUUCAUGAGCAGUAAUCCAUGUGGGAACAGCGACACUUCAACUAAUGUCACUUCACUUCUCCUGCAGACACUAGACAUUUAUCAGAAACAAAAGAGAAAAAAAGAAACUCUUGCUGGAGGCAGAUGGUUACAGGACUACAUUCUGUCCUGAAGGUUUAAUUUUGAACAGCCUGUUGAUGAUGCAUUACCCAGCUUCUGUUCUGUUGUCAUGUGCUCUUGAUGUUUCACCUGAGCUCAAAUUUGAAACUAAAAAUGAUGGAGGUGAAUAGCUCUUAUGUUGUUUUAUUUUCGGUCCGCCAUCAGACUUCUGAGUCUGAUAGGUUUUUUGUUUUUUUUUUGCUUUGACAUAAUAACUUAAAGGUGAUACAUGUGACAUUUUAAAUGUAUGUUUGAAUGCUUUUGGGGUUUUCUUUUUCUCUUUCAUGUCAUCACAUGACAACAUGCUGUCAUAAGGUGUGUCAAACAUUUUAGUUUAAAUAAAGCAUUGUGACAGAUGAUGUGGUUAGGAUAUGCUGUUUUUUUUGUUUGGACAUCAGUGUACCAAUGCUGCCAACAUAAAAGGGAUUAUUUGUUGUUAUAAACUGGAAGAAGAUUUGUCAAUAUUGACUGAAAAAAAAGUAAGGCAUGAAGAAAAGUACCUUUUAUUGUAGAACUAGCACCAUUUAGGCACCGACUAGUUUGUUUUCUUUGUUAGUUGCUGUGGAGGAAAUUGUCUUGCCAACAAAUUCUAAACGACAUUGUAGAGUAUGAAAUAUGUAACCCAAAUGCAGGAAAUAUCUUUGCUGCCACACUGCAAUCAAAAAGACUUUUGUGUACUAGUACUAGUUCAGACUAUGUGUACGUUAUUCAUCGGGCUACUUGUAUGAAAAGCCGAGUAUCUAGCAACUGUUUGAUCGAAUGCAGCCUUGAUUCAUCUGUGACCAACCAUUGACUUCCUCUGUCCGGAGGCUCACUAGAGUUGAUAUAGGCAGCUUAGCAUGACGCUUUGCUCUCUGGAGAAGCUUCUCACAGCCGUUUUCCAGACUUCAGGGAUUUCGUUAACACUUCAUCUGCCUAAUAUCUGUCAGAAAUUACACGGUGACGAUGAGUCAUAGAUUUGCUUUCAGGUCUUAAUCUCCCAAUAGGUGCUCCAUUUUAAUAUAGACAAACAAAUCUGCUUGGACAUUACUAAUAAUAAUUUUGUCAUGUUGCGGUUCAGAUCUUUAGCUUGAAAUGUUCUUCAUAUUCGUGCACAUCCUGACACUACUGACGCUGUCAUUACAUAUGAAUAAAGCUCAUCUUGGUUUUA